GGGGCCAGCUUAGACAGCUCAGCUAUCGAGGCUCUUGUCCAAACCGCCCUCGACUUCCAACCUUUUGCUUGGUCUCAUGCUUGCAGCCUCGUGGAAGAAGGAGCUGGAUCUGGACCUCGCAACCAACCGAACUGGAUUGAAUCUGGCAAUGCCAAUCCAUGUGUCCAAUCCUCGCCAUUGCUGAAUCCUAGUUAUGAUACCGGUGGAGGCAUGCCUUUUGAGUUGGGCUUACCCAUACCACAUUGGGCCUUUCUUUGUCUCGUAAGUCGGCAUGUAACUGGGAAGUUAAUUAGACCUCAUUCAAUCAACAACGCGAACUCCUUUGGUCAGCGAGAGAAUGCAGAACUGCAACCUCUCGUCACUUCUUCUGAUGCCCUUUCUCGGCUAUCGCGGGCCCUACUGGAUGCAAGCAAAAGACCAGCUACAUGCCUCCUAGAGCAUGAGAAUCAAAAUGAACUGGAGAAGCGCCUGGUUAUCAGAGAAACUUGGGUAUGUAUCCCGCUCACUGUUACUCGAGCAAGUUAUAUAUUGUUGCAUGGCAUAUGCCAUAUUAUCUUUUAUUUUGUGAAUGGUUUCCCUGGAGCCAAAAUAAAGGGCCAUUUUAGUAGCGUUCUUAUCAAUAUCUUAGCCUACAUAUUUACUUUGCUCUAUCGACCAGUUCCCUACAUGAUUGGCCUUUUUAGUUGUUCUGCAGUAGAAAACUUUUCAGAACAGGGAAAUCAUUUUAAAAUUAACUCGAGAAAAUUAUUUUGCAGGCCAAGGAGAGGGAACUUUAUUCAGGUCCUCUAUAUUUACUGA